AUGGAAGUGAAAUCAUUGAAAAAAGAUGAUGCCGGACUCUACAAAUGCUCAUUCAGCUCAGCUACUGGUACAAAGUAUGCUCGAUACGUUAAACUGUUAGUAUCAGAUUUCGUUCCGUACUUCAACCGUGAUGGCUUACUUAUAAAAGGCCUAAAAGAUGAAGAUUGGACCAACGUUGAGUUAGAAGCCGCUAUUGAACCACACUCGUCCAAUGUGCUUUUACCAGGUUUGAUCUUCUUUGUUAGAAGUAAAAACACUAAUGGCAGUGAAAGCGGUGGUUCUUACAUGGGACUAUGUUUGAAUAAUAGAAAGCUUGUGUUUUUCUAUGACGUUGGCCAAGGACCAGUGGAAAUCGAGAGUCCAGUUUCUAUUCAGUUGAAACAAUGGCAUCGUGUUCAGAUGAGGAAAAAUUCGGAAGGAAGUAGUUUGAGAAUGAACAUGAAUGACUACGAUAUGGAACGAAGUUAUGAUAACGAAACGUUUCAUUUUGAUUCCGCUAAAGAUCUCUUCGUAGCUGGUUUACCCCAGCCGAGCGUCCUUCAACCAGGCUGCCUUUCGCAGAAAUAUAAGGGCACUAUCAACUACCUGGCAAUAAACAAAAAUUUGGUCGAUUUAGCCUCAAAGGAUGUAGUGAAACAAGGAACGGUUGAACAAAGUAAUACUUGCUUAUCACCGUAUCGUUGUCUGCACAAUGGCCACUGCGUCCCAGCAAAUAACCUCCGAGGGUUCUAUUGCGACUGUUCAGCAACUCUUGGAUACACUGGCGACUUCUGCGAACGUUACUCUAAUGAGUGUAACGGAGAUACAUGCCAUGCUGGGUUCUGUGCACGCUACGAAGACCGUCAACAGUGCCUCUGUCCAUACGGUUAUGUAGGUCGACGUUGUGAAAAAAUGUUGCACCUUCCAAGUCCAUCAUCCUACCAAUUUAAUGGAAAGACUUCAUUUAUUGCUAUCCGAAUACCCAUCAGUAUGAGGAGGCUAACGUUACGGAUUUCACUUACUCCUAAACGGAAGAAGAGUCAACUUUUAGUUUAUGUAGCAUCAGGAUAUGACCCAAUAAGAUCAAAAUUUUUGGCACUAACCAUACGAAACGGGAAAUUUGUUCUUGUAUACAAUAAUGAUUUAGGAAGCUGCGAAAUUGAUGGGGGGAAUUUCCGGGAAGGAAAAGCCUAUGAACUGGUGCUGAAAAGGCUUGAACAGCGAACUGAGAUGUCGGUUAAUAAUCGCAGUUUUGUUAGCGAAGUAAAACUUGAGGCUUUUCAAGUUGGAACUGAAUUAUUUAUUGGCGGACUGGCACCAGGAAUCGCUCCAAACGUUAAACUCGAUGUUUUCAGCUAUUUCGAGGGUUGCAUUCACAACAUUGAACUUAAUGGUGUUCAAAUAUUUCUAAACAAAGGAAUGUUAGUCACUUCCGGAGGAAUAUCAGACUGUGAGCUCAACUGGCUUCCUCCGACAAGAAAGCCAAUAAGAGUUACGAGACCGACAUCACCAACGACAACUACAACUCCUGCUUCUUCAACUGUUCCAAGUACAGAAGGGAAAGAAGAUUUUUAUAAAUUAAUAAGUGUUAGACAUACGGUAAGUACAAAAUUUUUUAAAGAAAAACCUCUGGUUUGCCAGCCGAAUACAUGUGGCAAAAAUGGUAUCUGUGAAACACUCAAUUCAACGCAUUUCAAAUGUACCUGUAAACCUUUCUACGGCGGAUCUAAUUGCAAAAAAUUUAAACUGAUUGAACAUUCUGCGUUAUUCAACGGAAAAGCUUAUAUUAUUUUUGCCUCUGACAGAUUUGCGCAUAAUAACUCUGAGGUUAUAUUUUGGCAAGGACAGUCGUCAGAAGUACCGUUGGCUGAAGAAGAUUAUAUCUCUAUUGGUGUUGAAGAUGGACACAUAGUCUAUUCGUAUAAUCUGGGUGGAGGACCAGCAAAAAUUGAAAGUAAGGGGCUAGUAAAUGACAGUAAACAGCACAUGUUGCGAGUAACUCGAGUUGGUCGUAUUGGAAGUCUAAAAUUGGAUAAUCAAGAAGUGGUUAUUGGUUCAGCACCUGGAAUUUUUUCGAUGUUAAACGUACCAGGACAUGUUUAUUUGGGCGGUUUACCGGACUUGGAAAAAAUGACUGCCGGAUUGCAUAAGCAUAAUUUUGUUGGUUGUGUUGCGGAUGUGAAAUUAAAUGGUGUUCUGUUGGAUCUUUCUGUUGAUGCACUGGAUGGUCGCGCUGUGAGACCUUGUGAAGAAUGGGUUAAGAAUAAAACGUAUAUCAAGAGUGCAUAUAAUGAUGGUACUCUAUGGUAG